AUGGAAGACAGUAAAAGAAACUUUCAUUAUUUCGGGUAUUCACUUGAUAAUGUUGAUAAACGUUCGGUUUAUGAAUUUCACAAUAUACUUGAACAAUCAGAUUUUUCCAAAUAUCACAGCUUCCAGUAUAUAUUGUCUGAAAAGAGUUUAUCCAAUAAUAUUAGCACAAGUAUAAUACCGCAACAUUUGCCUAAUGAAUUCGAAAUUAUCACCCAUUUGAAAUUAAUAAAAGCCUUGAGUCUUUUAAAAACUAAUGUAUUAGCUGGAACAGCUAGCUAUACGUCUAUUUCAAUAUGGAGACAAUUUGUUACUAACGCUGUAAGACGAUUCAUGGUAUUUUUAACCUCUCUUAAAAUAUUCAUCGAUACAGAUCUAGGUUAUUCGUUUGGAUCACCAGACAGCCAGAAUUAUCAGAAGAGUCAUUUUCAAUUUACUUCAAUGAUGACGCAAUUAAUGCCACCAUUAGACGUGAUUAUGGUUUGGCAUUCGUUUUUGUUACAUCCAAAAUCAUUCUACACUGUUUUGACCAGUUGUAAAAUGAAGGAAUUUGCCAACAUCCCCUUACCAUUGCAUUUGAUUAGUCAAUUCAUUGAUAAUUGCACAUUUGAAUUUAAUGUGCCACAUGAAUACAAGUACAACUAUUUUCAAAUAAUAAAGUGUACAACCACAGAUAUGUUUGAUCUACAAUAUAAAGUUGAUAGGGUUGGCUUUGACAGAAAGUAUGUUACAGUCACUUGUCCUCACUGUAAACAUGUUAUAUCAGAGCCAAUCAAAUUGCUGAACGAAAUGGGAACGGGUUUCUUUGAUACAAAUUUUGCAACAGAAAAUAUUUUCUUUGGUGAACAGUCACCUUGUUACUGUUCUAAAAUUGAGAAUCUAACCCAUGUAGAAUUGAGAAAGCUACAAUUUUUUACAGAUGCAUCAAAAGGAAAAUCUCCCAUUACAUUUUUUCAUAAAAAAGCCCCAAUUCAAACGGAUGACCUUAAAAGAACUAGCCAGUCUUACCAAGAACUUUUUAGGCAAUCAUGGGAAACAAUUCAAGCCAAAGACCUUAAUGAUAUCAUCCUCAUUUUGGAAGAGAAAUGUAAUAAAGAGUCAUUACCACAAGCAUUCUUGUUGUCAAGUUACCGGAAACUUGAUUUAAUUAGUAUGACUGUUCCUGGAGAUAUUCAAAUUGGAGAAAAUUUAGUGGAAUUUGUUUUAAGGCAAGAAAGUUUCAAUAACAACAUGAACAACUUAAAUUGGCUACAUUCAAAAACCAUCAGCAGUAUUAUUUCUGAAGCCACGACAAGAUACAGUAAUUUUUACCCAAUUAUUACGCAUCCAAAGUUGUCCCAAGAGUUAAAGUCAACAUUGGAUAUUGAUUUAGUAUGGUAUACACAUCAGCUAUGUGCGUAUGGUUACUUUCAGGAUUGCUUGAUGUCACCCAAUGGUUGUAUUGUUGAUCAAAGAGAUACAAUAAGUAAUCUGUUGAUUGACAAUAGUGAAACAUUUACAGCAAACUUGUAUAAAACACUUUACGGUCAGGAUUAUUUUAUUUGUUAUUGUAAUAGCUGUACAUCUAUGCGGUAUGGGAUAUCACAUCCAGUUAUCGACCCCACAACCAACGCAAACUCGUGUCUACUGUUAGACAACAAACUUCUUAGUAUUGAUCUGAAUAUGGCGUAUCCUUCAUCGGAAAGCAACAGUAUCAUGGAAUGUACACCUGGGCUACAACAGUAUUCUUGGGUUGGUGAUAAUCCCAAUGACUUCUUAACUUACGUGGUUACAAAAGAUAACUUAGAUAAAGAGCUCAUAGAGAAAGACCAGAGAAUAAUGAACAAUGACGACUUUUCCCGUGAAAAUGUUGACUGUUCAUUUGACUUCAAUAUACCGGAAGUGGACAAUGCAUUUCGAGAUGGGCAACAUGAGUGUCCAAACAACGAGUUUUUAAGACUUUGGUGUAUGAUUUGA